AUGCGGCCCGAGAAUACGCAAAACCACGGCCCCAGGGAGACUAAUGGCUUCGGCCACACUAAUGGCUCCGGCCAUACCAAUGACUCUAGUCACACUGAUGGCACCCACAUCCAUUUCCGCCACCUUGCUACGGGUGGAAUCGGUUCUAGGAGAGAGGAGGCGAGAACAAGAGCCUUGAGUGAGAGCUUUGAUGAGGGGAUCCGACACGAGGUUGGCGAGGAAAGUGGAAGCGAGGAGGUGGUGGAGAGAAGCCAGAGCGAGGAGCCUGAGAUUGAGGAGGAAGAUUGGAGAAGUCAGGCAUUGAGGGAUUUGUUUACGGAAAUGGCAAUCAGGAAUCAGCCUCUUCACCUUCAUAUUCAUUUCCACUAG